AAUACUGAGAGUUGUAUUGUGGAUAAAAGACAAUUAGUGUUGCUGUGAUGGGGAUUGACGUGCUACCGCUGUUAGUGAACGUAGUAGACGGACAGGGCCAACUCGGAAAGUGAAAACAAAGGAAUUUGUAUUUGAACACUGAAUUUCAUCGUUACUAAAAGUAAUGCAUGAUUAACCGAUGGAGACCUUUUCGUUGAUCAACGAAUUAUUCCUGACCAAGCUGCUGAUUGUGCUGCUCUCAAGUGGACAAGUGUUAGGAGCCUCUUUUUACGGAGACAGUUAUGUCCAUCUGAAGACUUCUGAGGUCUCCAGCAAGACGUCACUCCAUGUGCGCUUCAAGACUUCCUGUCCCAGCGGCAUCCUCUUCCUGUCUGUCGGUGAAAAGGACUUUCUGUUCUUGGAACUGCACUCUGGGCGCCUUCAGAUGUGUCUGGAGCUGGGAUCGGGGGAGCGCUCUCUGCGCUCUGAGAAGGGCGUGCAUCUCAAUGACCUUAUUUGGCACUCCGUGGAGCUACAGCACGACCUCCACAACGUCACAAUGACAGUGGACCACCACUCUCACACCACCCUCCGCAUGCCCGGGCCAGACCUGGAUCUAGGGGUCCAGGGCGGGCUGUAUGUAGGCGGCUUGGCUGGUAUGGACAGGGCCUUCAUCCCUGGAGGUCACCCAGGUUACAACAGUACAGGAUUCAGGGGCUGUGUGGACGAGGUGGUGUUCAAUCAGCACAACCUUCUGUCCAGUCUGAGGUCAUAUUCUGGGUAUAAGACUGUCCACGAGGUCUCCCUGGGCUGUAGUCCGCAGUUCUCUGCCACCAAUGAUGACCCAAUCAGCUUCUUCAGUUCUAGAGCAUUCUUGUCUCUGCCACCUUGGGAUGUGGCACAGGAGGGGGAGUUUGAGUGUGAGAUCCAUACCCCUGCCGGUGCUGGAGAUGGACUGGUCCUCUAUAGUUCAGCCCAGCAUGGGGGGUUUGUGGCACUGGAGGUCUGGGAGGGUGCCUUGGUGUUGUUGGUGGGAGCGGGAGGGAACAAGACAGAGCUCCGCUCCCUCACACAUGUUAACGAUGAGGCCUGGCACCCAGUCAGCCUUCGCCUGCUGUCCCACAGCCUGCAGCUGAGGGUGGGGGAAGAGGAGGUCAACACCAGCCUAGUAACUCCACACCCCAAGACCCUCCAAUUCAGUGGCCCACUCUACCUGGGAGGAGUUAGUGACCAAAAGCGACCCGAGGUUAGAAGCGCAGGGCUACUGUUGGUGGAUGGGAGGUGGCUAAGAGGGGGAGGUUCUUUUAAAGGCUGUUUGAGGAACAUCAGGGUAAACUCUCAGGUGACUGGCUUGCCCCAUGCCACAAUCACUAAGGAUGUCUUUGUGGGCUGUCAGCCAGAGAAGAUUCCGGAACCACUAACCACCCCCAUACCUACAGACCAUUUGGCCUCAGUUUCUCCCACCUUAGGCCAUCACAGUGGAGGGGACAGGAGGAAGAAUUAUCCCAGUUUCCUGUUGCUGAAGGACUUGGUGGUAGCUGAAGGAGGGAUAGCUGUUCUAGAGGCCAAACACAUCAAGGUGAAUUUGGAUUUGCGUAAGCUGGGGCUCCGCCAGUCCCAAGUACGGUUCCGUGUGGAGGAGCAGCCGGUCCACGGGCAGCUGAAGCUGGACCUGAGCUCCGGAUCCGACUGGAAGGAGGAGGAGGGCGGGGUGUUUGGCAUGCUGGAUCUGUGGAAUGGCAGAGUGAUGUACAUCCAUGGUGGGUCUGAGGACGACCAGGACUUCUUCAUGUUCUCAGUGUUCACCACCAGUAAGAAGCAGUUACCCUCCUACCUGAAGGGGAACAGACUGCAUCGGUUCAGCAUCACUGUGACGCCCAUUAAUGAUGCUCCAGAGCUCAGUCUGCCCGAGGGCCACUUAUUCACCCUGCUGGAGCAUUCCAGGCGACCCCUCACCACCGAUGUGGUCUGGGUCUCUGACCCAGACACCAACUCCACCCAGCUGAACUUCACCAUGCUAGGCAGCUCUGAUGCUGGUCACUUGGAGCACCAAGAUGUCCCUGGCGCAUCCAUCACCUCCUUCUCCCUACCUGACCUAGAAGACGGCAAGAUCAGCUAUGUACAUACAGGGACGAACACCUCCAGACUGGUUCUGAGAGUGAGUGACGGGGAGAAGGUCAGCAACACUGUGGUCCUGAGGCUCCUCACAGUGCCGCUGGAGUAUCAUGUGGUCAACAACACAGGGCUGGAAGUAGGGCAGGGCAGGGCAGCUGUCCUUAGCUCCACCCACUUAGCCGUGCAGGUCAAUGUUGAUGUUGCACGCCAUCCAGUAGAAGUGCGCUUUGAUGUGUUGGAGGGGCCUCACUAUGGGGAGCUGCAGAGGCUUCAUUCCAGCGGAGAGUGGAAGUCCACAAGCUAUUUCUAUCAGAAGCUGCUGGAGAAAGAGCGCAUCAGGUACCUCAACACCUUCCAUGGGCUCCAAACUGGAAAUGUCUCUGACCGGUUUAGAUGUAAAGUCACCAUCAAUGCCAUUGUGAAAGAUGAGGUUGUGUUCCCCAUCACAGUCCAUUGGAUCCACUACAGGGUUACUCAUGCUAAGAUGGAAGUCAGCGCUGUGCGGAAGGUUGUCAUCACCCCCCAAGACCUCUGCGUUGUCUCCAAAGGGGUCAAACUUUCGGAGAGUGAGCUCAUCUUCAGACUAAUAAGUCUCCCAAAGAAAGGAAAUCUAGUCUUAAACCACAAAGUUUUGAAGAAAAACUCCACCUUCAGCCAAAAGAAUGUGUCGGACCAUCAAGUGAGGUAUGAGCUGAGCAGCAGACUUCACGAGGACAUGAAGGAUGGCUUCACUUUCCAGGUAUUUUCCAGACAUGGACCUCAUACAAGAAGUCAGGAGUUCCGAAUCACCAUCAGGGCAGAUCAUAGCCACAGCAUGGAGCUACUCAAUCUGGGCCUGUCUGUCAUGGAGGGGGAGAGCAAGGUUAUCACCAGGGACAGCCUCUUCAUCCAGACCACCAGCAGCAAGACUGUCCUCUACACCAUAACUAGAGGGCCCAAACAUGGCAGGGUUAGGAGGAUCAACCUCUCCAACUCUUCUUCCAUCAAUGAUAACAUUGGAUCCUUCACCAACCAGGACAUAGCAGACGAGAGAAUCAUGUACGUACAUGAUGACAGUGAGACUAAAGAGGACUCGUUCAUUUUCAUUGCUGCCAUGUCCAAAUCCAAACACUCUGCUAAGAAGGAGGACACCAACACACUCCAAGAGACGUUCAAUAUCUCUGUCCAGCUUGUCAACGACCAGAAACCAGUGCGCAUUGUAGAUAACGUUUUCCACGUCGUUCGUGAGGGUCAGAAGCUACUGACGGUGGAUGAUCUCUAUUUCCAUGACCCCGACUCUGACUUUGAUGAUGGGCAGCUGGUGUACACAAGGCGUGGCAUUCCUCUAGGGGACCUGGUCCUGGUGAACGAUACCAGUCACAGGCUGUACCAAUUCACCCAGGCGGACCUGGACGAGCGAAGGGUUCUGUUCCUGCACAGGGGGGUCAGCUCAGGCCGCUUUGUCCUGUUUGUGUCGGACGGGAAGCAUUACGUUUCCUGUCUUCUGGAGGUGUUGGCUCAGGACCCCUACGUACAUGUCCAGAACAACACAGGUGUGCAUGUGCAACAGGGUCAUGCAGCCACGCUGUUCCCCACCAACCUCAGCGUGGUCACCAACAUGGAUGUCAGGGAUGAACAGGAAGUGAUGUACAAUAUCUUCCUGCCACCUAAACAUGGCAGUCUUGUUUUUAACAACAGCCAAGGUGCAGUGAAGGCGGAGCAAUUCACCCAGGGUGACCUGAGGGCAGGCCGGUUGGUGUAUCGCCAUGAUAACAGCCACGACCUGGUGGACGGGUUCAAUAUGACUGUUGCUGUGGGGGAGGUGCUUGUGGACGUGGGAGUUGGGGUCAAGGUCUUCCUGGAGAGUCACCAGAGACCCCCCACAGUGCGACACCACGAGCAGCUGGUGGUGGAGGAGGGAAGGAUAGUGGAGAUCUCCCAAGAACAACUGGAGGUGGUCCACGAGGACAGCCCGUCCUCUGAGAUCCUGUUCACAGUCAAGAUGGCACCCGCACACGGCUUCCUGCGCAGAUCAGCCAAUGGGGGACAGGAGGAGGAGUCCUACCAGGGCACAGAAGCAAAGCCUCUCCACACCUUCUUACAGGAAGAUGUGAACCUGGGCCUUCUGCAAUAUCUCCAGACACAUCCCGCCCACACCAAUGACUCCUUCCUAUUGGAUGCCACCAACGGGGUGACGGAGCUUACCGACAUCAAGGUGAACAUUGACAUCAUCCCCUACUUCGUGCCUCUGCAGGUCACCGAUAUGACCUUGGACGAGGGGUCGUCUCAUGCCCUAACUUCAGCAAUCAUCAAAGUUACCAACAAGCACUUCACUGGGCUCAACUUCAUGUACCAUGUAACUGAGCCUCCUCAUCAUGGCCAUAUUGAACACUCCCGCCUUCACGGUGUUCCCAUCCACUACUUCAGUCACAGAGAGGUGGAGCAAGAGGACAUCUCCUACAUCCAUGACGGCAGUGACACCUUGAGAGACAACUUCACCCUCGUUGCUAACAGCUCUGACCUCGGGAAGCACAGUCUCCCUUGCACCAUGUUUGUAAACAUCACCCCUGUCAACAACCAGCCCCCUAUUGUGACAGCCAAUCGGAUCCUCAGGGUGUGGGUGGGCUCGGGAACAGAGAUAAGUGUGGACGACCUGAGUGCUGAGGACAGGGACUCUGAGCCUGAGAGUCUGGAGUUCAUUGUGACCCCGCCCAGCAAUGGACACUUGGCUUUGAAGAACGCCCCCUCCAGGCACAUCCUGAACUUCACCCAGGCUCACAUUCUCAGAGGGCAACUGAUGUUUGUACACAGUGGUGCAUCGUCAGGAGGUUUUCACUUCCAGGUCAACGACGGAGUGAACUUUGCCCCACGCGAGAUCUUUAGCACCGUGGCCCGCACCCUAGUCCUGACCAUGUUGAGAAACCAGGCCCUACAAGUGUUCCCAGGCUCUGUGACGACCAUCUCUCAGAAGGACCUCCUGGUUGUAACCAAUGCCAAUGGGGAGAUGAGAGGGAACCACAGUGUUGUGUUCAGGGUGACAAGCCCUCCUAAGCUGGGUCGUCUUAUCAGGACCAUGGAUAACACCACUGUGGUGGUCAACACCUUCACACAGAGUAUGAUUAACAAGGGAGUGCUAAAUUACCACCAGACGCACCCUGAAUCUGUGGGAUGGACAUCCUCAGACUCCUUCACCUUCUCUGUGUCUUCCCCUCCUGCCUUGCUUCACCCCACCAUCUUCCACAUUCACAUCUCAUAUGACCACUCUACUCCUCAGCACAGCACCGUCCUACUAGCCAAUACAGGAGCAAUGGUGCCAGAGGGGGGCAAAGUAGUGAUUGACCGGUCUAAACUGGAUGCUUCCAAUCUCUUGGGUGAACUUCCAGAGUCUCAGCGCAGUGACCACCAGGUGUGGUACCACCUGACCUCACUUCCUCAACAUGGCGUCAUUGCAGCAGGAGGCCAGAAUUUGAUGGGUGACAAGUCUGGCUUUUCCCAGCUCAUGCUGGACCAGUCAGGGAUUACCUAUGUUCAUGACGGCUCUGAGUCUGCUUGGGAUUACUUCUCCUUUGAGGUGUGGAUUUGUCCUGAGGGCCAGAUGCAGCCACAGCCACCCAUAGGGGAGCAGCCAGUGGUGGCAGAGAGAUUCCAUAUUACUGUGACGUCUGUCAAUGACCACCCGCCCCUGUUGAAGACUGGGCCUAAUGGCCUUAGUGUGGCCAAGGGAGAGAUUGUGAAGAUAACAUCUGUACAUCUACAGGUGGAGGACCAAGACAGUCCUCCAGAAGAGAUCAUUUACAGCGUAAUCAGCCAGCCAAGCAGUGGCUACCUGUCUCUGGGACACAGGGACAAUCUUGGCCCUCCUGUGGCCUCCUUCUCUCAGGCUGACGUCAACCAGGGCAGGCUUCACUUUGUCCAGCAGGGGGAGCUCUCUACUGGUGUCUUCUACUUCAACAUCACAGACGGGAACCACAGGCCGCUGUAUAAGCUGUUUAACCUGGAGGUGGUCACAGUCACCCUGCUCAACAACACGGGUCUGGGGCUUCUACAGGGACAGACCAGUGUAGUUCUAAGCACGGACCAGCUGGCAGCCCAGACUAACACUAGGAGCAAUGCUAGCAUUGUGUACACGGUAACCACAGCUCCUCGUCAUGGCAAGCUGAGAAAGAGCCACAAGGAAGUGGUUGUAUUCAGCCAGGAGGACAUACGUACUGGACAGGUAGACUAUCACAUGACGGACUUCGCUGCGUCUAACGACAGCUUUGAAAUCACUGUGACUGCCAUGACCUCUGACUUUAACCUGACCCUGGUAAACCAGGAAGUGAUGGUGAUGGUGCGCCCUCUCAUCUAUCUGCGGGAGCCGGUUUUAGUCCCCAGUGGCAUCAUUUAUAAGCUUCGGAAGGACACCCUGGAUGCCACAGAGCUAGCUACGGUCAGUGGCAGCAACCCACAUUUCCGCAUCCUGUCCGCUCCAAAACAUGCCAAGCUGGUCAAGCUGCCCUUUGACCUUCAUGGAGUAGGGUCACACCCUCCUGCGACAGAGUUCACCUUCCGGGAUGUGGAGCACGGACGUGUUGCCAUUGAGGAGUUUCUUAGCAACAGCACACUCAUCCAUCAUCACCACGGCAACAAGACUGCCAUGGGGGUCACGGCCCUAAAGGAUUCUUUUGUGUUCCUGUUGACGGCUGAGCGGGUCCAGCCCGCUGUGGGAGAGCUUCGUUUCACCAUUGUCUCGUACCACCAGGCGUUACCACCAAACGUUCACAAAACCCGGCACCCGGGUCACAAACGAGUCACAGUGCACUCUCAUACAUUCCUUCCCACUCACCCUCACACGCCCGCACAGAAGAACCACACAACCCUGCAUCGCUGGGGGAACCAUACCCAUCACAAACACAGGCACCGCUGGGGGAACCAAACCACUCAUGCCACGUCUUCCACUGUUCCCCAAGGCCCCACAGUGACGCAUGAGGUCACCCCCCAGCUUAGGACCCCCCCAAUAAGGGUGGAAUCCCUCCCCAGGCCAGCGUCCGACCCCCUACUUAUCAUCCUGCCUUUCCUUGCCUGCCUCCUCCUCAUCGUUAUCCUGGUGGUGCUCAUCUUGGUCUUCCGCCACCGCAGGGAGAAGCGGGCCCUGUCAGGCCUCAUGCAAGAGCUUGCCGUGCCUACCUCAGCCCAGGAUGGGAGUCCUUACCUGGGUAGGCCUGAGCGGAGUGUGGCUGUACCAUCUGUGGUGGUCACACCCCUGGUUCCCAGUUGUCCCAACAGCCCUGUUUUCCCCUGGGUCUACAGUGGUUGCCUGGUUCCUGGGGUCACGGUCUGGGGACCUGUAAUGCCCAGAAGCCCUAUCCAGUCACGCAGGUCCCCCACCCCCACCCCCACAUCCAACCCCACACUCAGAGACAACCAGUACUGGGUUUGAUACAGGAGUAUACCUACCACUACCACGCCUUUUAACGUGUUCUCAUUCCACAUCUCAUCCACACAUGAAGGCGCAACAUGAUGUCCAGAGAGAGUUCAAAGGCACCGGAGAUUGUUCGAAAACAUCCUUCCAGACACUAUGAAGUGCCCAACAUACAAAAACGUUUUCCCCAAAGUAAACCUGGUGUGCUGUCCUGGUGUGGCUUCUCGCUGAGGGGCCACUAGAUUAUACCGUAUACCUGUGGCAUUCAUUUGUUAUUGCCAUGGACGAAUCAAAUAAAUGUUGACCAGUUUGAUUAUACCAAGAGGUUUGCUGUAGCUACUGCAUGUGUAUUUACUCUAUAUCCCUUACUCAAAGGUUAGGUCAUCAGGUGUGUCUGUUGUCAUUCCCAAUCAAUAUAUUAUAUGUACUGACAGUUUGACCUUCAUAUACACUGACGUAACACAUGUUGCAUCACAGCAGUACCCUGCACCCAUCACUGUCAGCUGGCGGAAGAAGAAGAAGGAACUGAGACUAGCUAACUAUAGUAGUUAGUCGCCCUCCAGCAUCAUCAAUAUUGCUGUGCCCUUAUCUUAUUUCUUCCAGAACUGAAUUAAGUCUCAAAUAUGACUCCAUCGGGGAUGAAUGAAGAGUAUUAAAAACAAAACAAUUCUAAAAUACCUUGCAAAAAUGAAUGACCAAAAACACAGGGUACAUUGUACCCACCCUCAGGGUGAAAACAUGGUCCUAUGAAGGCAGAGGAGUGCCACUAUCGUCUGAUGUAAACAAUCAUGGAGCACAGCUAAGCUGUGUAUGGCAAUCCAUCUGGCUACAUCUUUUUUUAAU